UCCCUCAGCGAGCGGCUCCGUGGCCGACUCGGUCCCGCGGCUUGCGGAGCGGGCGCGCGCGUCGGGGGUCGCGCGGUUGCUGAGAAGGGCGAGCGCGCGCUGGGAGGGAGUGGAGGCGUAGGGGGGCGGGGGUACGGCUCGCUUGCUCGCAAGAUGGCGGACGAGGACGGGGAAGGGAUUCACCCCUCAGCCCCUCACAGGAACGGAGGUGGCGGCGGCGGUGGGGGUUCUGGGCUCCACUGCACCGGGAACGGCGGCGGGGGAGGCGGCGGCCCGCGGGUCGUGCGCAUCGUCAAGUCCGAGUCCGGCUACGGCUUCAACGUGCGGGGCCAAGUGAGCGAGGGCGGGCAACUGCGGAGCAUCAACGGCGAGCUGUACGCGCCGCUGCAGCAUGUGAGCGCCGUGCUGCCCGGGGGGGCGGCCGAUCGGGCCGGGGUGCGCAAGGGGGACCGCAUCCUGGAGGUGAACGGCGUGAAUGUUGAGGGGGCGACACACAAGCAGGUGGUGGACCUGAUCCGAGCAGGCGAGAAGGAGUUGAUCUUGACAGUGUUGUCCGUGCCUCCUCACGAGGCCGAUAACCUAGACCCCGGUGACGACUCGUUGGGACAGUCCUUUUAUGAUUACACAGAAAAGCAAGCAGUGCCCAUAUCGGUCCCCACAUACAAACAUGUGGAGCAGAAUGGUGAGAAGUUUGUGGUAUACAAUGUUUACAUGGCAGGGAGGCAGCUGUGUUCUAAGCGGUACCGGGAAUUUGCCAUCCUCCACCAGAACUUGAAGAGAGAGUUUGCCAACUUUGCGUUUCCCCGACUUCCAGGGAAGUGGCCAUUCUCAUUAUCAGAACAGCAGUUAGAUGCACGACGUCGGGGCUUGGAAGAGUAUCUAGAAAAAGUGUGUUCGAUACGAGUCAUUGGUGAGAGCGACAUCAUGCAGGAAUUCCUAUCGGAAUCAGAUGAGAACUACAACGGUGUGUCCGACGUGGAGCUGAGAGUAGCAUUGCCAGAUGGAACAACAGUGACAGUCAGGGUGAAAAAGAACAGUACUACAGACCAGGUGUAUCAGGCUAUUGCAGCAAAGGUUGGCAUGGACAGCACCACAGUGAAUUACUUUGCCUUAUUUGAAGUGAUCAAUCAUUCCUUUGUACGCAAGCUGGCACCUAAUGAGUUUCCUCAUAAGCUUUACGUCCAGAACUAUACAUCAGCUGUGCCAGGCACCUGCCUGACCAUUCGCAAGUGGCUUUUCACGACAGAAGAAGAGAUCCUCUUAAAUGACAACGACCUUGCUGUUACAUACUUCUUUCAUCAGGCUGUCGAUGAUGUGAAGAAAGGUUACAUCAAAGCAGAGGAAAAGUCCUACCAGUUACAGAAGCUGUAUGAACAAAGGAAAAUGGUCAUGUACCUCAACAUGCUAAGGACUUGUGAGGGCUACAAUGAGAUCAUCUUCCCCCACUGUGCCUGCGACUCGAGGAGGAAGGGGCACGUCAUCACAGCCAUCAGCAUCACGCACUUUAAGCUGCACGCCUGCACCGAGGAGGGGCAGCUGGAGAACCAGGUCAUAGCAUUCGAAUGGGAUGAGAUGCAGCGGUGGGAUACGGAUGAAGAAGGAAUGGCCUUCUGCUUUGAAUAUGCACGAGGAGAGAAGAAGCCCCGAUGGGUUAAGAUCUUCACGCCAUAUUUCAAUUACAUGCAUGAGUGCUUUGAGAGGGUGUUCUGCGAGCUCAAGUGGAGGAAAGAGAACAUUUUCCAGAUGGCGAGGUCACAGCAGAGGGAUGUGGCCACCUAGCCUCUCCUUAUCCCCUCCCCUUCCCUUCCCUUCGCUCUUGCCCCACCAUCUCCCAAGGCAGACAGAGUAACCAUUAACACAAAAGAAGAGAAAUAGGAAAGAAGUCAUUACGUUGCAAAGCCCUCCACUAAAUAUCAUUAAUACCCCCCGAAUCUCCCAUCUUGGAAGUGAGCUGGUAGAGAGCAGCAGGUUGGUCAGUACCGGGAGUCCACUGAGUGCAGACAGGAAAAGCAGGAAGCCCAGCCGACUCGCCACAGGUGCCCUUUCUUCCACCUGGGCCUCACACCGACAGCCUCUCCUUGUACUAUAUUUUUAAAACUGGAACUAUGAACUUCAUCCAUUUGCACUGUUCAGACAUAUAUAUGUAUGUAUGUAAAAAUUAUAUAUACAUAAAUUAGCUGCACGUAUAUACAUAUAUAUAUUUCUUUUUAAAUUUCAUAUUGAUGGCAGUACCUUUUUUAGCUUGUGUUUUUACACACUUCACUAGAAUUCAUGACCUCUCUCUCUCUUGCUCUCUCUUUAUUUUGAAACAAACUUUAAAAAGAAAAAAAAAAAUUUACAGGGAAAAAUACCUCUCCUCACGAAGGACUCGAAACGUUUACAACCUGCCGGGGUCUCCCCGCCGUUCUCUGCACCGAGCACACGCAGAUUCUGGCCCUUGGGUUGCCGCCGAGUCUGAGGAGCAAGGGGUGCUGGGGAGGAGAGAGGUGGCUGCGGGUGGCAGGGAGGCUGUGCAUGCUCCCUCGGCCGCCUCCCAGGCCGCCUCUCCCCACCUCGGGGCUCUCCAGCCGCCUCGCAUGCGCGCGCACCUCCUUCCUGCCUCCCAGAGGCCCCUGGGCCGCCCCUUAGCCGGCCCAGCCUGAAGUGGAGGUGGGCUCAGGAGGCCGGUGCCUCGGCCCGGAGGCGAUUUCCCACUCCUCUGCCUUUUCUGCGGCAGGGGUGCUGUUAGGGCCCGGAGUUACCGCUGAUACCUUGGGCACGAAGGUUGGACUUACACAGGCGAAAGGAAGGAAGGCCCAUGUACAGAAGGUUUUACUUACCCCAUUCCUGACCAGUAACCACCUGUAACUAUUCCAUUUUUGUGACUUCCAGAGACAGCAGUGUUGAGGAGGGAUCUGAUAAUAUCUUCAAGGCCUUAGGAAACUUGGAGUGAGUCCAUGUUCUGUGCCAAACAAACUGUAGCCCCAUCCAAGGCAGCGGAGGACCCAGGAGGGAACGGUGGGAACAUGGUUGAUGUAGGGUGGGUCUUCAACUUUCAAUUACAAGGAGACUGAAGGAAAACCUUCAGGGCCCUCAAAGAGCUUCUCACUUCUCAUCUGACCUUGCAGCCGGCCUCUGAGCCCAGAGAAGCAGAGGCAGCACCCCGUCCCCUGAGUGCUGCGGGCUGUGCAGGGAGCACUAAGCCAGGCUCAGGUGCAGCUGAAACACACCUUUGGCCCUUGGCCUUUCCCCUUCUCUGCCUUCUAUAAAGAACCCUCACCCGACCCGGGGCGGCAUCUUUUGCCUGUGUAACUGGAGGGCAGCUGUGGUUGUGGUCCACUCUGCAGAGCAGCGUGGGGGGGGGGGUGAAGUUUGUAGUUUGUGACCUGCUUGUGCACAUCGUCCUGAGGCCAGGUUUCUGUCCCCACACUGGCCCCAGGGAAGCGCAGGCUCACGGCGAAUGUCCUCCCCCGCACCCCUUCUGCAGAGGGCGAGGCAUCGGAGUGCUGAGUGUUAAGAGUUGCAGUGAGACUAUUUGAAGACUUCGACACAGAAUCAAUUCUUUCUUUUGGCUUAAAUGAAUUUAAUAAUGAGCCAACGGACCCUGAAAAGAAGAUUAUAUUGAUUUCCUACUCCGAGAUGCUAAAGAGGCUUUUGGCACCAGCUUUGUGGAAACCGUGAAAGUCGCAGCAGUUAAGCCCCCGACUCCUCGUUGGCGGGAGAGGAGCAAACAAACCUGAGAGUCCACGCGACUGCAUGGAUGAUGCUGGCCGCGGGGCGGGGCGGGGGGGUGGCGCAGGCAGCUGGCCUUUUGGCAGAUUCUGUUUAGGAACAGCAGGUACUUGAGGCUGCCCACCUACAAAGCUCCCAGCUGCAGUAAGGAAGUGGGAAGCAGGGGGCCCCUAAGGGGCGGCCCCUUCUUUUCUACCCACAACAAGCGUCCCAGGGGUCUUUGCAGCUGUGGUGGUCCGUGGGGUGCAGCCCCCUUUGCAUGAAACAGUGCUCCAUGUGGCUCUCUCCCCCCACCCCACCCCCGUCCUCUGAUCCCUGCUAUCUUCUUUAGUCCUGGCUUCUGCCCAGGGAGGCUUCUACCCGGUCUCCUUGUGCAGUUUGUCCCUGGGAAAGGGGGACUGCCCUGCCCACAGCUUCUCCCCAGCAGAGCCAGCAGGGUCUCCCCGGUCCCUCCGCACCCAUCUGGAGUCUCUGUGGCAAAAGCCCAGAGCUUUUCACAGAUCAGGAGAAAACACAGCCCCGAGCAAGCUGCCCCUGCAGAGCAGUCCCCCGGGCGAUGCUCUGGCCCGAUGCUCUUUACAGUUUUAUUCCAACUCCAUUCUUCUGCCCUCCCCCUGCCCCAGGCCCAGGCUCUCAGGGCAGCUUCCAGGCCUGGACAGAGCUCUCAGGGAGGAAUUGGAUUAUCCCAGCAGCCUCACACCUGGCCAGUUCUCCCCAGGCCAGCAGCUCCAGCUCAUGCCCUCUCGCAGCUGCACCCCCAGUGCCUGGAGCAGCACUGGAGGGCUCUGUCUCCCUGUGGGCCUGGCCCCUAGGAGGCAGGUGUGCGGGGGACCGCUGCCGGGUGGCCUCCAGUCUCCGGGUGUGGAUGCCCCCCUCCCGCCCCCUGCUUCCCACCGUGCUCCUGGGCUGCGUUCAGCAGCAGGUAGCUGGCGUGGGGGCUGUCGGGAGCCCUGCGUGCGCAGCUCCUUUACCAGCUUCCUUGGGUCACGUUAGCCUCCCUCUGGAGGAGAGAGAACAGAGGCAGCUGCCCGUCUUCCAGUCCUGCCCCCCAGCCCCGCCUCCCUCCUUGUGGCCCACCCCUGCGCACACACAGCAGGCCUCAUUCAUGCAGCACAGCUUCGGCUCCCUGCUCAGAGCAGGCGAGGGCGUGGGGAGGGACAGGAGCGGGGGCGGGGGUGGGUAGUGCGGGGUGGGGGCCUUGGCCAACUGCUAAACUUGGACAGCAAUUUUACGUCAUGCCCCUCUUCUACACCAGUGAGCUGGGCUUCGGUUUUUCCCAGGCCAUCCACACUUUUAAUUUAUUUGAGAGAAACUCUAAUUGUAUUUUCACUGCAGUAUCUUGUAUUUUUUAUUUGUGAUUUAAGAAAUGUGAAGAGAAAAUACACAGACACAUAAUGGCUAACAGUGUUUCUUUCAUUCCUUGUUCUAGAGCUAACCACUCUAAAAUUGUUUGGUAAUGUCACUUAGUGUAAUUAAUUGUAACAUAUUCUUUUAAAUAAAUUGAUUUAUUGAUGAAACAA